AUUUUUAUCAUAUUUUCUACAGUAGCCUCAUAUCAUAUCAAUCACUUCCGACUUCGAUCACGCAAUUCGCCUUUUACUUUGAAUUUGCCUCUUUCUUCCUUUUCUAAGUUUUAACACGCCAACGCCUGGUUCGGUUCCUCUCUGGGUCACCUGGUCUACUCGCACAGAAACCUUACAGCCUUCUUUUAUUUUUGCGUCCAGUUCGAUCAUGGGAACUCCCAAGUUGGCUAGAAUCCCCAGCAUGAGGGAUCGCGUUGAAGAUACUCUCUCUGCUCACCGAAACGAGCUUGUUUCUCUCCUCUGCAGGUAUGUGGAUCAAGGCAAAGGAAUUUUGCAACCGCAUACUUUGAUCGAUGAACUUGAUAAUAUUGUCAGCGAAGACGAAGCAAGGCUGGGGCUAAGGGAUGGUCCUUUCGGCGAAAUCCUUAAAUCUGCUCAGGAAGCCAUAGUUUUGCCUCCAUUUGUGGCAAUAGCCAUUCGUCCUAGACCUGGUGUCUGGGAAUAUGUCCGUGUGAAUGUUUAUGAACUCAGUGUGGAGCAAUUGAGCGUCUCAGAAUACCUUCGGUUCAAAGAAGAACUUGUAGAUGGGCCGUCUAAUGAUCCCUAUGUACUUGAGCUUGACUUUGAGCCAUUUAAUGCUGAUGUUCCUCGUCCCAACCGGUCUUCAUCUAUUGGCAAUGGUGUUCAAUUCCUCAAUCGCCAUCUUUCUUCAAUUAUGUUUCGUAACAAGGACUGCUUGGAACCUUUAAAUGAUUUCCUUCGAGCACACAAAUAUAAAGGGCAUGCCUUGAUGUUGAAUGAUCGGAUACAGAGCAUAUCCGGACUUCAGUCUGCCCUUGCUAAGGCAGAAGAAUAUAUUUCUAAGCUUCCACCUGAUUCACCAUAUUCUGAAUUUGAAUAUAAAUUACAAGAACUGGGUUUUGAGAGAGGGUGGGGGGAUACUGCAGCACGGGUACUGGAGACAAUGCACCUUCUCUUGGACAUCCUGCAGGCUCCUGAUCCCUUAUCUUUAGAAACAUUCCUGGGGAGAAUACCCAUGGUGUUUAAUGUUGUGAUUUUGUCUCCACAUGGAUACUUUGGGCAAGCAAAUGUUUUAGGUUUGCCUGACACUGGUGGACAGGUUGUUUAUAUACUGGAUCAAGUCCGUGCCUUAGAGAAUGAAAUGCUUCUUAGAAUACAGAAGCAAGGCCUGGAUUUCAAGCCUAGGAUUCUGAUUGUGACCAGAUUAAUCCCUGAUGCAAAAGGGACUACAUGCAAUCAGAGGUUGGAAAGAGUCAGUGGAACAGAACACACGCAUAUUCUGCGAGUUCCUUUUAGAUCAGAGAAAGGAAUUCUUAGAAAAUGGAUCUCAAGAUUUGAUGUGUGGCCGUAUCUGGAGACCUUUGCUGAGGAUGUGGCCAGUGAAAUUGUAGCUGAGUUACAGGGCAUUCCUGAUUUUAUUAUAGGCAACUACAGUGAUGGGAACCUUGUUGCAUCUUUGUUGGCAUAUAAAAUGGGUAUUACACAGUGCACCAUUGCGCAUGCCUUGGAGAAAACCAAAUAUCCAGAUUCAGAUAUAUAUUGGAAAAAUUUUGAUGAUAAAUAUCAUUUCUCAUGUCAAUUCACUGCUGACUUAUUAGCCAUGAACAAUGCAGAUUUUAUCAUCACCAGUACUUACCAAGAGAUUGCAGGAACGAAGAAUACUGUUGGUCAGUAUGAGAGCCACACUGCUUUCACUCUUCCAGGAUUAUAUCGAGUUGUUCAUGGCAUUGAUGUUUUCGAUCCAAAGUUCAAUAUUGUCUCUCCUGGGGCAGAUAUGUCCAUCUACUUCCCAUAUUCUGAAAAGCAAAAAAGACUUACAGCUUUACAUGCUUCAAUAGAAAAGAUGUUGUAUGAUCCUGAGCCAACGGACGAGUGGAUAGGUACACUGAGCGACAAGUCAAAGCCCUUGAUUUUUUCCAUGGCAAGGCUGGACAGGGUGAAGAACAUUACUGGGCUGGUAGAGAUAUAUGGUAAGAAUACGAAGCUGAGGGAGUUGGUGAACCUUGUUGUGAUUGCUGGUUAUAUUGAUGUGAAGAAGUCCAGAGACAGAGAAGAAAUUGCUGAAAUUGAAAAGAUGCACGACCUUAUGAAGAAGUACAAUUUGGAUGGACAAUUUCGAUGGAUAACAGCCCAAACAAAUCGAGCACGUAAUGGUGAGCUCUAUCGCUACAUAGCUGAUACAAAAGGAGCUUUUGUGCAGCCUGCUUUUUAUGAAGCAUUUGGGCUGACUGUUGUGGAGGCUAUGACUUGUGGCCUUCCAACAUUUGCUACUUGCCAUGGUGGUCCUGCGGAAAUUAUUGAGCAUGGUAUAUCAGGAUUCCACAUUGAUCCAUAUCACCCUGAUCAGGCUGCUGAAAUUCUGGUAGAUUUCUUUCAAAAGUGCAAGGAGGAUCCAAGCCACUGGAAUAAAAUAUCUGACGCAGGGCUUCAGAGGAUUUAUGAAAGGUACACAUGGAAGAUCUAUUCUGAGAGGCUUUUGACGUUGGCUGGGGUAUAUGGUUUCUGGAAGUACGUUUCCAAACUUGACCGGCGUGAGACUCGAAGAUAUCUUGAGAUGUUUUACAUCCUCAAGUUCCGUGAUUUGGUGAAAACCGUUCCUUUGGCAAUUGACGACCAACAUUAAGCUACAAUCACUAAUGGAACUGUAUAUCCCAUGAUCCAGAGGCAGUGACAAUACAUCACAAGGUAAUAAUAUUAUGUAAAUAAAUUCCUGAUGCUUUGUCUGGCAUGUUUAAAGAAGUUACGCGAAUAUUACGUCUGAUGCUUUUCUUAUACAAAGCGAACGCCUCAAGAAUUUUACUACUUGUGAAUAACUUCAGCUUUCUUAUCUGGGUCUCAGAGUAUUUCGUAACAAUGCUAAAAAGCUUUUCUUGCUCCA